AUGGCGCAAGUCGACCUGACCACAAUUCCCAUUUCGCCCGAGGGCGGCAAUGCUCCCUCCGAGAGCGUAUCCAAGGACGCCUCGUCCGCGACCACGGUGUUCCAUGACAAGGAUAACUUCAAUGUCAAGCACCCGCUAGCACACAAGUGGACGCUCUGGUUCACCAAGCCCCCAAGUGGCAAGGGUGACAACUGGAACGACCUGCUCAAGGAAGUCAUCACGUUCAACUCGGUCGAGGAGUUCUGGGGCAUCUAUAACAACAUCUCCCCCGUGUCUGAGCUCGCCCUGAAGUCCGACUACCACCUCUUCAAGGAGGGCGUGCGCCCCGAGUGGGAGGACCCCCAGAACAAGCACGGCGGCAAGUGGUCCUACUCCUUCAAGGACAAGCGCAAUGUCAACAUCGACGAGCUCUGGCUCCACACCAUGCUCGCCGCCAUCGGCGAGACCCUCGAGGAUGAGGACGACGGCGAGAUCAUGGGCGUCGUCGUCAACGUCCGCAAGGCCUUCUUCCGCAUCGGCGUCUGGACCCGCACCAUCGGCAAGAGCAUCCCUAACAGGGGCGACGGCGAUGUUGCCGGCGGCAAGGGCCGCACCGCCGAGAAGGGCAAGGAGGUCCUCAUGGGCAUCGGCAAGCGUUUCAAGGAGGCUCUGCAGCUGCCCGCCGCUGAAGGCGUCGAGUUCUCGGGCCACACUGAUGCCCAGCACAGCGGCAGCUCCCGCGCCAAGGCCAAGUUCGUCGUCUAA